CCAAUGCAAAGCUGGUUCAGAACCUUAGGAAGUGGAGAGAAAUUGUUGACCUGCUGCAGUCAAGAGGGGGAGGGAGAAAGCUAGUCUAGGAGAGAGGAACUGCAAAAAUAGGUUAACCCCAUGAGAGAGAGAGAGAAAGAUAGUUAGAGAGACAAGGGCAAAAAGCUGGCCUACAAGAGAGGAACUGCAAAUACAGAUAAACCUCAAAUGAGAGAGAGGUGGGGAGGCUAAAAUCUGGUCUAGAAGAGAGGAAUUGAAGAUAUAGAUAUACACCAUAAGAGAGAGAGAGAGAGAGAGAGAGAGAGAGAGAGAGAGAGAGAGAAUGGCUGAACAAAAUGGAUCGGAGCUCGUCGCUCCUCCGAGCAGUGCACCAGUGACAGAAGCUGUAACAGACUCCGGAGUGGCGAUAAAACAUGUCGGAGAUCCUGAGAAGAGAGAAGAGGAAAGAGGAGUUAUAUACAAAAGCGUGCCUUACUACAAACUAUUCUCCUUUGCUGAUAGCAAAGAUGCAGUUUUGAUGGUGGUGGGAUCAAUUGCAGCAAUUGGGAGUGGACUAUCCAUGCCAGUCAUGACUAUACUGUUUGGUAAAAUGGUGAACUCAUUUGGGCAGACUCAGGAUAUCACUAAGGUGGUCCAUGUGGUGUCAAAGGUGGCUCUGCAAUUCGUUUAUUUGGCUAUGGGAACCAGCGUUGCUUCAUUUUUCCAGGUUUCUUGCUGGAUGAUCACUGGAGAAAGGCAGGCUGCAAGAAUAAGGAGCCUAUACUUGAAAGCCAUAUUGAGGCAGGAUAUGGCGUUCUUUGAUAUGGAGACUUCCACUGGAGAAGUGAUUUCCAGAAUGUCAAGUGACACAUCUCUCAUCCAAGAUGCCAUGGGUGAGAAGGUGGCCAAGUUCAUUCAACUGCUUUCCACAUUCAUCGGUGGAUUUGUAGUAGCAUUUUUUCAAGGAUGGCUCCUUGCCGUUGUGAUGUUAUCUUCUAUUCCUCUUUUAGCUGUUUGUGGUGCAUUUUUGGGAGUGACCAUUUCGAAAAUGUCAUCACGUGGACAAGCGGCUUACACUGAGGCUGGGAUUGUAGUAGAUCAAACCAUUAGUUCAAUCAAAACUGUAGCAUCCUUUACAGGGGAGAAGCAGGCUGUAGAAAAGUAUAACAUCUUGCUAAGGGAGGCUUACAUCGCUGUUGUUCAAGAAGGUUUUGUGGCGGGAGUAGGGUUCGGUGCCGUUUUGUUUUUCAUAUUUUGCACUUAUGCAUUAGCGCUAUGGUAUGGCUCCAAAUUGAUACUGGAAAAAGGCUACACUGGUGGUCAAGUCAUCAAUGUUAUAAUGGCAAUCUUGGCUGGUGGAUUGUCGAUAGGCCAGGCAUCCCCAUGCAUGAGUGCAUUUGUGGCUGGUCAAGCAGCAGCACACAAAAUGCUCGAGACUAUCAAAAGAAAGCCAGUAAUUGAUGCAUAUGAUGCAAGUGGCAUGAAACUAGAUAGUAUCAAGGGGGGUAUAGAGUUUAAGGACGUGCAUUUUUGCUACCCUGCGAGACCUGAUGCACCUAUUUUUUCUGGAUUUUCACUUUGGGUACCGAGUGGAAGUACAAUGGCAUUAGUUGGAGAGAGUGGUAGUGGGAAAUCAACGGUAGUAAGCUUGAUUGAGCGAUUUUAUGAUCCAGAUGCUGGUGAGCUGCUUAUUGAUGGUGUCAACCUGAAGCAUCUACAAUUGAGAUGGAUUAGAGAUAAGAUUGGGCUGGUAAGCCAGGAACCAGUACUCUUCGCUUCUAGCAUAAGAGAAAAUAUUGCCUAUGGGAAGAAUGAUGCGACUACAGAAGAAAUAAUGGCUGCAAUCAAGCUUGCAAAUGCUUCAAAAUUCAUUGAAAAUAUGCCUCAGGGAAUUGACACCAUGGUGGGGGAGCGUGGGACGCAGUUAUCAGGAGGUCAAAAGCAAAGAGUUGCCAUUGCAAGGGCAAUUCUGAAAAAUCCAAGCAUUUUGCUUCUUGAUGAAGCCACAAGUGCCCUUGAUGCAGGGUCAGAGCGUGUAGUUCAGGAGGCACUUGAUCAGAUCAUGGUCGAUCGCACCACAGUGGUCAUUGCUCAUCGGCUUGCUACAGUGAGAAAUGCUGAUACAAUUGGUGUACUUGUUCGAGGUUCAAUUGUCGAAAAAGGUUCUCAUUCGGACUUGCUCAAGAAUCAAGAGGGUGCCUACAGCCAACUCCUACGUUUGCAAGAAGUUAAUAAAGGCGAACAAGAAGAACAUCACCACACAGAAGAAGCUCAUGAAAAGCCGGACGUAGUAUCUGAAGCCUCUCAAUCAUCGAGCCGAAGGCUAUCUUUCAAUAAGUCGUUGAGCCAGAGGCUAUCUUUUAGGCUAUCAGUGAGCGCAAGGUUCUCUUUCAGGCAAUCAUCUAGCAGCCCCCGAUCUCUACCGGUCCCCAAUAUUCAAGAAACUACUUUUCCCGAAUCUGGCGUCAUCUUGCCGGAAUCCGGUGACCACCCAACUGAUGUCUCGCUGGCCCGACUUGCUCGACUCAACAAGCCCGAGAUCCUAGUUUUGUUUUUUGGUGCUUUGGCAGCGAGCAUCCAUGGAGUCAUACUCCCAGUGUUUGGGCUUCUCAUUGGGAGCAUAAUCCAAGCAUUCUUCGAGCCCCCACGCAAGCUCAAGGAUGAGGCCUCCUUUUGGUCUCUGAUGUUUGUAGGGCUUGGUGUUGUGGCUUUCUUGGUGGGUCCAAUGAAUAGGGGUUUAUUUGCAGUGGCUGGAGGGAAGCUUAUAAGGCGAGUUAGAGCUAUGGCUUUCGAGGCAGUGUUGAGGCAAGAGAUGGGGUGGUUCGAUGAGGUUGGGAAUACGAGUGCAGAAGUUGGGUCAAGGCUUGCGGCAGAUGCAGCAGGUGUGCGGGCUUUGGUGGGUGACACCCUUGCACUGAUUGUACAGAAUUCGGCAACUGCAGUUGCUGGGAUAGUAAUAGCCUUUGUGGCCAAUUGGCAGCUGGCUCUUCUCAUCCUUGCUUUGCUACCCCUCGUGGGUCUCCAGGGGUGGACUCAGAUGAGGUUCAUGAAGGGCUUCAGUGCUAAUGCCAAGGCAAAAUAUGAGGAAGCGAGUCGGGUGGCGAGUGAUGCUGUUGGUAGCAUAAGAACAGUUGCUUCUUUCUGUGCUGAAGAGAAGGUAAUGGAUCUAUUCACCAAGAAAUGUGAAGGUCCUGUGAAGGCUGGCAUUAAGCAAGGACUGAUAAGUGGGAUUGGUUUUGGAAUGUCAUUCCUACUACUGUAUUGCACAUAUGCUAUUAGUUUCUAUGUUGGAGCUCGGCUUGUUAAGGAUUCAAAGACAACAUUUGCAAACGUUUUUAAGGUGUUCUUUGCACUGACCAUGACAGCCAUUGGGGUGUCUAAUUCGAGCUCCUUGGCGCCAGAUGCUACAAAGGCUAAGGUCUCUGCCGCUUCCAUAUUUGCCAUUCUCGAUAGGAAAUCAAAGAUAGAUUCUGCUGAUGAUUCAGGCACAACACUGCCUGUUGUGAAGGGAGAUAUCGAGUUUGAUCAUGUUAGCUUCAAGUACCCAUCACGGCCCAGUGUCCAAAUCUUCCAAGAACUUUGCCUGACUAUAGAAUCUGGCAAGACAGUUGCCGUUGUUGGGGAAAGUGGAAGUGGGAAAUCAACCAUGAUCGCGCUACUUGAAAGGUUUUAUGACCCUGAUUCGGGCCGCAUCCUCCUUGAUGGUGUCGAGAUCCGGCAGCUUAACCUCAAGUGGCUUAGACAACAAAUAGGCCUUGUAAGCCAAGAGCCUGUCCUCUUCAAUAAUACGAUCCGAGCCAACAUUGCUUAUGGUAAGGACGUGGAGGCCUCAGAAGCCCAACUAAUCAAGGCUUCAGAAGAUGCCAAUGGGCACACCUUCAUAUCAAGCCUUCCUCAAGGUUAUGAUACUCGUGUGGGUGACAGAGAUGCUCAACUUUCAGGUGGGCAAAAGCAAAGGGUAGCCAUUGCUCGUGCAAUUCUACGGGACCCGAAGAUCUUGCUUUUAGAUGAGGCCACGAGUGCUCUUGAUGUGGAGGCCGAGAGCGUGGUUCAAGAGGCUCUUGAUCGGGUGAUGGUCGGGCGCACCACCAUUGUGGUGGCGCACAGGUUGUCUACAAUUAAGGGUGCAGAUUUGAUUGUUGUGGUGAAGAAUGGUGUGGUUGCAGAGAAGGGGAGGCAUGAGGAGCUGAUGGGGGUGAAGGAUGGGGCUUAUGCUUCCCUGGUGGCUCUCCAUGUCAGCUAAGUUUGCUGCCAAGUGUUUCUGCUAUGCCUUGGUUAAUGCAUUUCACAGGAAGGGUUUGCAGCUAUUUUUGGAUAAUUAAGACUGCAGCAUACACCUGACAAACUGUAUGCUAUAUGUAACCUCAAACAUUUAUUUAGGGAGCAAUGAUUUCAUACAACGGUUGCAUCAUAUUAUAAUGCAAUGACACUUAUAGAAAACCAUGUUUACGUUACUUGUAUGAUCCAAAUUUGGCACACACUCUUUCUUCAUCUCAAUUAUCAAUCCCUCAAAAAAAAUGUUUCAAUUUGAACCCUAGAUAUGGUCAA